GGAAGAGCAGCCAGUGCUCUUAACCUCUGAGCCAUCUCUCCAGCCCCCCUAAGAUUUAUUUUUAAUUAAGUGUUUUCAUGUACGAGUAUGUUGCCCCAGUGAGGUCUGAAGAGGACCCCUGUAACUGGAGGUAGAGCCAGCUGUGAAGCCACCUGGGAACUGAACUCUGGUCCUGUGCAAGAGCAGCAGUAUGCACUCUUAACCACUGAGCAAUUUCUUCAGCCCCUAAUAAUAAAGGUUCCUCAUGGUACUUGUUUUUAAAGAAAUGGGGCUAGAAGUAGUCCGAGGAAGGUCGUUUGACUCAGUGAUUAAGGUUGUGAUCCGUGGACGGGCAAACCUGAGGAGGCUGCCGAGUUAUCGCUUCUGUAAGGGAUGAACAGGUCUCGGCAAGAACUACCCCAUCACCGACUGCCUUGGUGUUCCCAACUUGGCUUGGCGCUGCGACACCGGAAGAAGCCAAUCAGCCAAUCGCGGCGUGCAUGCAUGCGCAGGCGCCUGCACCAGGACGCGGCCCCGCCCCUCAGCCUGAGCCGGCUGCUGCAGUGUAGCCCAGCGCGCCGGGCACCAUGCGACUGGAAGCCAUCCGCUACUCGCCGGGCUCGCUGCAGAUCCUCGACCAGCUGCAGCUGCCUGAGCACUGCCGCUACGAGGCACUGGAUUCGGUGCAGCAGGCCGGGGAGGCCAUCCGCGCCAUGAAGGUGCGCGGCGCCCCCGCCAUCGCGCUGGUGGGCUGCCUCAGCCUGGCGGUGGAGCUGCGGGCGGGCGCCGGCGGUCCCGGGCUUGCCGCUCUGGUGGCCUUCGUGCAAGACCAGCUGCGCCUCCUCGUCGCCGCCAGGCCCACCGCUGUCAACAUGGCCCGUGCCGCCCGCGAUCUGGCUCGCGUGGCAGCUCGGGAGGCGGAGCAGGAGGGCGCCACCGAGGAGACCGUGCGGGAAAGAGUAAUCAGCUUUGCUGAAGAUAUGCUGGAGAAGGACCUCCGAGAUAACCGGACCAUCGGGGACUUGGGAGCCCGCCACCUCCUGGAGCACACCAGCCCCAAGGGUGGCAAGGUGACCGUGCUGACCCACUGUAACACCGGCGCCCUGGCCACCGCUGGCUAUGGCACAGCCCUAGGUGUGAUCCGCUCCCUGCACGAGAUGGGCCGAUUGGAGCAUACCUUCUGCACAGAGACCCGGCCCUACAACCAGGGAGCCCGGCUGACAGCCUUCGAGUUGGUGUAUGAGCAGAUUCCUGCCACUCUCAUCACUGACAGCAUGGCAGCCGCUGCCAUGGCCCACCAGGGUGUGUCAGCUGUGGUAGUAGGAGCGGACCGUGUUGUUGCCAACGGAGACACAGCCAACAAAAUAGGCACGUACCAGCUGGCCAUUGUCGCCAAGCACCACGGUAUCCCCUUCUACGUGGCCGCCCCCAGCUCGUCCUGUGACCUCCAUCUGGAGACGGGCAGGGAGAUUGUCAUAGAGGAACGCCCCAGCCAGGAGCUGACCGACGUGAAUGGAGUCAGGAUUGCGGCACAGGGAAUCCGGGUUUGGAAUCCUGCCUUUGAUGUUACCCCCCACGAACUCAUCACCGGUGGCAUCAUCACUGAGCUGGGUGUCUUUGCCCCUGAGGAGCUCCGAGCAGCCCUAAGUGCCUCCAUCUUAGAGGGACAGACCCUAGAUAGUCCCCAGAUGUGACUAGCUGGCUCUCCCGACCUGCUCUGGUUCCUCUGGUUUUAUAAUAAAGUUCUCAAAUGGC